CUCUGUUGCCAGAGUAACCGGGCGUUGGUGUUGGUGGCGGUGUCUUCCUGUCUCCAAGAUACCUGUCUCCUCGUGAUCCUGAGACUAUGAAUCAUAGUGAAAGAUUCGUUUUCAUUGCAGAGUGGUAUGAUCCAAAUGCUUCACUUUUUCGACGUUAUGAGCUUUUAUUUUACCCAGGGGAUGGAUCUGUUGAAAUGCAUGAUGUAAAGAAUCAUCGCACCUUUUUAAAGCGGACCAAAUAUGAUGACCUUCACUUGGAAGAUUUAUUUAUAGGCAACAAAGUGAAUAUCUUUUCUCGACAACUGGUGCUAAUUGACUAUGGAGAUCAAUAUACGGCUCGCCAGUUGGGCAGUAGGAAAGAAAAAACAUUAGCCCUGAUUAAACCAGAUGCAAUAUCAAAAGCUGGAGAAAUAAUUGAAAUAAUAAACAAAGCUGGAUUUACUAUAACCAAACUCAAAAUGAUGAUGCUUUCAAGGAAAGAAGCAACAGAUUUUCAUAUAGACCAUCAGUCAAGGCCAUUUUUAAAUGAGCUGAUCCAGUUUAUUACAAGUGGUCCUAUUAUUGCCAUGGAGAUUUUAAGAGAUGAUGCUAUAUGUGAAUGGAAAAGACUACUUGGACCUGCAAACUCUGGGGUGGCGCGCACAGAUGCUCCUGGAAGCAUCAGAGCUCUCUUUGGAACAGACGGCAUAAGAAACGCAGCUCAUGGCCCUGAUUCUUUCGCUUGUGCUGCCAGAGAAAUGGAAUUAUUUUUUCCUUCGAGUGGAGUCUGUGGGCCAGCAAAUACUGCUAAAUUUACCAAUUGUACCUGUUGCAUUAUUAAGCCCCAUGCUAUCAGUGAAGGACUGCUGGGAAAGAUCCUGAUGUCUAUCCGAGAUGCAGGUUUUGAAAUCUCAGCUAUGCAAAUGUUCAACAUGGAUCGAGUUAAUGUUGAAGAGUUUUAUGAAGUUUAUAAGGGAGUAGUGUCUGAGUAUAACGAGAUGGUGACAGAAAUGUAUUCUGGCCCUUGUGUAGCAAUGGAGAUUCAACAAAAUAAUCCUACAAAGACGUUUCGAGAAUUCUGUGGACCUGCUGAUCCUGAAAUUGCCCGGCAUUUACGCCCUGGAACCCUCAGAGCAAUCUUUGGUAAAACUAAGAUCCACAAUGCUGUUCACUGUACUGAUCUGCCAGAGGAUGGCCUCUUAGAGGUUCAGUAUUUCUUCAAGAUCUUGGAUAAUUAGCAGUACAGAAAGUACAGAAGUCCCAGAUUGGGGCAUUUAGACAAGAGUGAAUCACGCACAUGAGGAAUGUGUUCAUUCUUUUAUUGUCCAUUGUUUUAACCUGACUGAAUACAAGAUCAACAAGAGCACUGUACUCUUGGCAAUUAUUACAUGUUAGAACAUGGAUUUUGCACUGUAGACAACAUUUAACACCAGUCUAUGGGGUACUGCAUUGCUUUUUAUAAAGUCCAAAAUAAAGAUUUAUUUUCAAACAAGUGACUUUGGUUUAUUUCAUACAUUACACUUUUUCUUGCAGAAAAAAACAAAAUUGUACAACUGCAUAAAUAUAAAAUUCUUCCACCAUGAAAAUGGUUAAAACAUUCAUAAAGACACAGCACCAGCAUGUGAUGCCUCCAGAGAAAGGAAAAAAGGAAAAGAAAAUGUACAUUGCAAAUUAAUUAGCCCUAUCACCAGCCAAAGUGACGGGCGAUCCAGAUCCCAUACACAGCUCAGAACAUACUGGAGGACAAGGGAAGAGAUGAAAGACAGCAUUCAGUAUCAAGCACAACACAACCCAUCACCUUUGUGUGUUUUCUGUAGUGUCACUUAAAAUUUAAAGGGCAGUUCCCCCAUGACAGCCCAC